AUGGAGGCUCUUUUGCGCCAGUCAAAGUCCAUGUGUCCGUUCCUUCACAAGACGUCACCCGCCACGCUGCGCUCCCUCUCCACCACCACGGCCGCCGCUGCUCGCCAUGAAGUGUCGCCUGGCGCCGGCAGCAUGUCAAAUCUCCAGGUGCUCGCUCGCCGUUGCCCCAUCAUGGGCAAAGCGCUUGCUGUGCAGACUGCCCGCAAUGGCAACAGUGCACUAGCCGGCGCUUUCGGCGGUGUGCGUGCUUACCACUCGCGCGUGAACCGGGCAAGACUUCAUACGACGGCGUCCAAGGAGGCUCAGGCUAUCGAUCUUGAGAACCUGAGAGGCCAGAAGGGCCUGGCUCCGUUCCCCCACGCACCCCUCGAACCCGCUGUUAGCAAGCCUUCUAACUUUGCUGCCCCUGCUGCUUCCAAGGGCUCCAAUUUCGACUACGAAGGCUUCUACCAGAAUGAGCUUGAGAAGAAGCACAAGGACAAGUCGUACCGAUACUUCAACAACAUUAACCGUCUGGCCAAGGAGUUUCCUCGUGCGCACAAGGAAUCGGCCGAGGACAAGGUGACGGUGUGGUGCUCCAACGACUACCUGGGCAUGGGCCGCAACCCACAUGUGCUCAAGACUAUGCAUGAAACGCUCGACACAUAUGGAGCGGGUGCUGGAGGCACUAGGAACAUUUCGGGCCAUAACAAGCACGCCGUAGCGCUGGAGAACACAAUUGCAAAGCUGCACUCCAAGGAGGCUGCGCUUGUCUUUUCUUCAUGCUAUGUAGCCAACGAUGCGACAUUGGCAACUUUGGGUAGUAAAUUGCCCAAUUGCGUCAUUCUCUCGGACAGCCUGAACCACGCUUCCAUGAUUCAGGGCAUUCGCCACUCUGGCGCAAAGAAGAUGGUGUUUAAGCACAACGAUGUCGCAGAUCUUGAAGCAAAACUGCAGUCAAUUCCUGCAGAGUACCCCAAGAUCAUUGCAUUUGAAAGUGUAUACAGCAUGUGCGGAUCCAUUGGUCCUAUUGAGGAAAUCUGCGAUCUUGCAGAAAAGUACGGCGCCAUCACCUUUUUGGAUGAAGUCCAUGCUGUAGGCAUGUACGGACCACACGGCGCUGGCGUUGCUGAGCAUCUGGAUUACGAGGCGCACAAGGCAGGCCGACCCCAAGGCACUAUUCAAGAUCGCGUGGACAUUAUCACUGGCACGCUCGGAAAGGCAUAUGGCACCGUUGGCGGCUAUAUCGCAGGUUCUUCUAAGCUGGUUGACACGAUUAGGUCGCUCGCUCCCGGCUUCAUCUUCACUACCUCGCUGCCACCCGCGACCAUGGCCGGUGCUCAGACUGCUAUUGAGUACCAGGCCAACUACCAGGGCGACAGGCGCCUGCAGCAACUGCACACUCGGGCAGUUAAGGAUGCAUUGAAUGCGAAGGACAUUCCCGUCAUCCCGAACCCUAGCCACAUUGUGCCCGUACUUGUUGGUAACGCCGAAAUUGCCAGAAAGGCAUCGGACAUGCUUCUCGAGGAUUGGGGCAUCUACGUGCAGGCGAUCAACUACCCUACUGUUCCAGUCGGCCAGGAGCGCCUUCGUAUCACGCCCACGCCCGGCCAUGUCCGCGAGUACCGGGAGCACCUGGUCGAGGCUGUUGACGCCGUAUGGACAGAGCUUGGAAUCAAGCGCACCAGCGAGUGGGCUGCCGAGGGCGGCUUCAUUGGCGUCGGCGAAGCCGGCAAGGCUGAGGAAGCUCCUCUCUGGACAGACGAGCAGCUUGGCCUCGUUGAUGUCAUCCGCGAGAUGAAGGCCGGCCAGGGCGCGACUGGUGUGCUCGAAGCUGUGCUCGAGCAUGAGCGCAAGGCUACGGCCCAGGCUGUUGCAGCUGCGGCAUAG